CGUCUAGCAGCGCUCCCACCGCCCGAUCUGGGGAGAUAUUCAUGGAAAGUGGAAGCAGGACUGAACGACAAUUAAUAUAAGAGAGAAAUCCAGAAACUGGGAGAUCGGGAUGUGGUGAGGGCGUCCGGAGACUCCUCUAUCGGAGCGCAGAGCCGGAGAACAUGCAUUCAAGAAGCUAUUUAUUACUAGAGAGGGAGUAUCAGGAGCUGCAGGACGCCCGGCUAUAUGGGAUUAGCGUGACGCCAAUAUCUGACAACUUGCUCAAAUGGAUAGUUCAAGUGCAGGGGCUGAAAGACUCGUUAUGGGAAGGGGCAGUUCUGCAACUCACCCUAACGUACACUGAGGAAUAUAACCACCAUCCUCCAAGUGUCAUAUUUAAUACCAUCCCAUUCCAUCCAAACGUUGAUCAAACGUCCGGGAAACCUUGCAUUGAUUUUUUGGAUAACCCAGCAGAAUGGAAUCCAGCCUACACCAUGACGUACAUCUCACUGGUGAUCCAGGCAAUGCUUUCCAAUCCAGUACUGGAAAAUGCAGUCAACCUGGAGGCAACCAACCUGGUGCUGAAUAAAGCAGAUCUGUACAGGCAGAUGGUUCUCAACUGUGUGAAGACCAGCAGAAUGAUUGAAGAUGGCUCAAUACAACGCAGCAACGUGAUGCGAAGGACCCCGCCCCCGCUCUGCACCCCCGCACCCAGGAAGAUAAAAUCUGUCUCCUUUGAGAAUUACCACAAGACGUGGAGUGAAAUUGCCACAUCAAAGACAGACCAGAGUGUAAAGCAUAAAAAAUCAAGAACAUCAACUAAAGAAUUGGAAGAGAUGAGGAAUGGAAAUAAAGUAUACAGCAUCUUUAUUCAUGGACUCCUUAGUGACCGGACGAGCAGAGCGGAGCAUGCUGGGGGAUGUACGCUGUGCAGAUUGACAGAGGGUCACAUUUUGGCAUCCAUUGUAGAUAUGAAAGCUGAUGCUGAGAGUAGUUUCCAGAAGAGGCAUCACACAGACAACACGCCGGCAUCAUCUGCCCGGGAGGCAGAACCACUGGAGGAUGAAGUGGACAAUUUGGUGGCCUGGACAAAUACCCUCAGCGCUGAGCUACUGGAAGACUGAUUGAUGGGCGGUUCCAUCCUUAAAAGUAUUAACCCCCAAUCCCUCUUACAUUGCCCAAUUAGGGGGAUAGAACUAAGUAGGGGAUAUAUUUGAUAACCAGUUGCUGACUGUUUUCCAUAGGAAGCAGCAGAACUGUGAGUGCAGCUCCGGAGUAUAAUAAAGAAAGUUGAGUAUCUAUGUCAUGUCCUGCUCCAUAUGAUUAGCACUGAUGUCUUGCAGACCUGAAGUUCUGGGUUCAAAUCCAACCAAGGGCAACAUCUGUAAUUUGAAAUUUGUAUGUUUUC